AUGGUCGUCUUCGCGCUCCUCAUCAUCAACAAAGCCGGCGGCCUCAUUUACAACCGAACCUUUGCCCCUGGCCUGCAGAAGCUGGAUUCGAAUGACUACCUCAUUCUGGCAGGAACCUUCCAUGGCAUCCACGCCAUAUCACGCAGCAUAAAUCCCGCCCCUCCAGCUCAGCCCGCUCCUGGGAGCAGAAAGCCUCCCACGACUGGUAUUGAAAGCCUGGAGAGCAGUCAUUUCAGACUGACUUGCUUUCAAACUCCGACUGGAGUCAAGUUCUUACUCUUUACGAGUCCGGAGCAGCCCAACACGGAGCUGGUAAUCCGGAGGUGUUACGAGAUCUAUGGAGACUUUGUGAUGAAGAACCCUUUCUACAGCAUGGAGAUGCCCAUUCGCGUGGAAAAGUUUGACCGAGCGCUCGGCGGCUAUCUCGUGAGGCCGUCAUAG